AUGGAUCAGGAGGACGAUCACGAUGACCUCGUCGUCGAGUUCAUGCAGGUCACGGCCUGCUCCUCCCUUGCGGACGCCGCCCAGCACCUCGCCUCCUGCGGGUGGCGCCUCGACGAAGCCGUAGACCUCUACUUCGCCACCGUCGCCGGAUCGUCGGAGGCAGUGCGCGCUCCGAUCCCUGCCCGCUCCGACACUCUCUACGGCGCCACCUCCUCCCGCCAACCACCUGCAGCCAGACCUACCGGAUGGGAGAGCGACAGCGAGCACGGCAACCUCGUAGCAGCUCCAGCGGACCACCGCCGCCGUCGUCGUCGCCGCCGCCGCCGCCGUGAUGACGAAGGCGCCUCGGCCGACAACGCGGAACCGGCGGCCAAGAAGAAGACCCUGGCCGAGCUCUUCAGCCCGCCGCUCGACCUCACCUACAAGGGCGGCUUCCACGACGCCAAGUCGCACGCGGCGGAGACGUCCCGCUGGCUGCUCGUCAGCGUGCAGGCCACCGCCGAGUUCGCGUCGCACCAGCAGAACCGCGACGUCUGGGCCAACGACCUCGUCGCGCAGGCCGUCAGGGACCACUUCGUGCUCUGGCAGGUCGACGUCGGCGACGACGAGGGCGAGGGCGGCAAGGUCUCCUGCUACUACAGGCUCGCCCACGACAAGAUGCCCGUCGUGCUCGUCGUCGACCCUGUCACCGGGCAGAUGAUGCGGAGGCUGCGUGCCGCCACCGACCCAAACGAGAUCCUCGUCAUGGCCGAGAGCUUCGCCGACAGGAAGCCCAUCAUGCCUAUCAGAUCCGCGAACAACAAUCUGCUUGCUGUAUCAUCAACCGCGCCGAGCAGUAGCCCAUCUGGAAGUUCAUCAGGUGAGAAGAAAGAACCGGCAAUCACGGCGAGGAAGCAAGGCGAGGCCGUCGCGGCUGCGGCGGCGGCGCCGAUAGGUGAGGAGCGGACGCCCGGCGGGGAGAAAGCCUGCAAACUGAGGGUUCGGUUCCCCGACGGCCAGGUGCUUACCAAGGAGUUCGGGGCCAAAUGCAGCGUCACUGCGCUCUUCGCGUUUUGCCGGUCAUCAGUCGCCAACAACGGGGAAGAGAAGCCGUUCCGGCUCAUGCGUUUCACAGGUGGCUCCAUGCAACAGAUUAGCCACGAGAAUGUUUCGUUCGAGGAUCUGGGAUUACACAUGUCCACUGUUUCUGUGGCUCUUUGCUAG